CCAUAUUUAGCAUUAUCUUUCAGUUGAUAAAAAACCUUGUUUCACAUUUUUUAAUGGAAGUUUUAAAAUCGGGAUUUUUGUUCCUUUUUAUAAAUCUAAUUGCUGGAUUUCCGUUCCCAGAGGAGUGUGGGAUAACAUACAUAGAGCCGAGUAAUAUAGAGAAUGCUACGCGGCAUGAGGACGGGAAAAUUGUUGGAGGAUUUGAGGCUGUUCCCGGGUCAUGGCCAUGGCAGGCGUAUCUUAAAUAUCGGGGAGAUUUUUCUUGUGGCGGAACUUUGAUCCAUCCUGAGUGGGUUCUAUCAGCUGGACAUUGUUUCCAUGGUGCAGCACAACCCUUCGAGUGGACAAUAGUUUUAGGAGAGUUUGAUGAUACUGAGGUGGAUGGUUGGGAACAAACUCUUGAAGUUUCCGACAUCUUUGUUCAUCCUGAUUACAAUAAUCAUGAUAUUGAUUAUGAUUUUACUCUGAUUAAACUUGCUAAACCUGUUGAGCUUAAUGAUCAUGUUGCUCCGGCUUGUUUCCCGUCAGAAAAAGAUGAUCUUGCUUCAACCUUUCCUCCAGGUCAGGUUUGUAUCAUCUCUGGAUGGGGUUCCAUCAACCCUGAAGGAAAUAUCUGGGGACCAACAUUGAAGCAGGAAUAUGCUCAGCUCUGGACUAAUCAGGAGUGUGGGGAAGCAUAUCAACCUGAAUGGGUAACUGACAGGAUGGUAUGUGCUGGAUUUCAUCUAACUGGAACCGAAGAUCCUGAGAGAUGUGCUUCACUAGGAUUUGGGGAUAGCGGUGGUCCUCUAGUCUGUAGGCAUCCUGAUACUGGACGAUGGACCCAUGUUGGAGCCACCAGCUGGGCAGAUUUCUGUUAUCCAGACUCAUAUACACCAGG